AUGCCUGCUGAGGAUCACGUCACAUCAGUCAUCGCCACCUUUAGUGGUUACUCUGUCAUUCUAGUUGGAAUUGGAGUAUGGGCGUACAAACGUGAAAAAGCACUCAAGGCAGCCCACCAAGAUGAAAUGACUGCGCAUUACCUUGGUGGAAGAUCCUUUGGUCCCAUCAUGACGGCAGCAACAGUGUUUGCGUCUCUCUUCAACGGAUUUUCGAUUAUUGGUGCUCCCAGUGAAUCAUUCUACCGUGGCUUUUUCAGUCUCACUUGGAUUGUUUCGGUGGUGGGGAUCAUUUCGGGAUACUUUGCCACUGGUCUACGAUUGCGCCGUGCCAGUGAAGUUCGCAAUCAUCAGAGUUCCGUCGACUUUAUCACUGAUCGUUUCCAAUCGCAAUAUUGCCGGGCGUCCAUUAUGCUUCUGCAAGUAGUUCCCACAGGGAUUUUCUUGGCAGGUCAGAUUGUGGCAAUCAAGCUUGCCUUCAACCCUGUAUUUGGAUUGGAACCAGACAACCAGUGGCCAUCUAUAAUUAUCGUAGGGGUCAUCCUUCUCUUCGAGUGGGCUGGAGGUCUCAAUAGUGUCGCCAUGACGGAUACCAUUCAGGGAUUUGUCAUCUUCGUCUCCUACCUUUGUGUUCCCAUUGCAAUCUACAUGAAUUACGGAGGCUAUGAAGAUAUCGACUUGAGCACGUUUCCUCGACCUGACUUUUUCCAAACACCGAGUAAAUUCGACCAAUGGCAAUUCUGGCAGUUUACGAUUAUCAAUAUUGCUUUCUUCGGCUUGCCUCCCCUCAUCCAAAGAACAUAUGCGGCUAGGGACAUUGGAUCGUUGAAGUUGGCUUAUGGCGUUUUGGUGUGUGGAGUAUGGAUGGCCAUCAUGGUCGGAAUUUUUGUGGGAAUCAUGGCCGUGAAGGUCUUUGGACCCGGCUUUUACCCACCCAGUCCUUUCAAUUCUAUGAUGGAAAAUCUCAUGGAUCUUGGUGGUUUCCCUAAAGUGACCGCAGUAGUCGUUGUGACAGCUUUCUUGGCUGCUGUCAUGAGUACUAUUGACUCGCUCAUCAUUGCUGCUUCUCAGUUGGCCAUGAACGAGAUGGUUAUGCCGUGGGUUCGCAACAACGAAAGGCUCUCCAGUGACCGUAGUGUGACCUGGUUUGGAAGAGCUUGUUCCUUUGUCAUCACAGCUGCUUCCUUAGCUUUUGGUUUGCAUUGGGAGGGAACUACCUUUUCCAUCAUUGAGCUGCAGCUCUCCAUGACCCUUCAAACCGUUCCUGCUUGGUUCAUUGGACUGUACUCCAAACAUGAGUUUCAUCCGUGGCCCAUUGCUACUGGAGCUUGGGUUGGAGGACUUUGGGUGGUUCUUUUCUAUGAGUACUACAUGAGAGACAAUCCAGAUCGACUACCUAUCAACAAUGGUGUUUCCGGCUUGGGAAUCAACUUGGCCAUUGUUCUCAUUGGAGAAUCGACCAGAGUUUUGUUGUAUCCCAACAAGACUGGUGACCGCGCCUUGGAACCGGAAGAAUCAUCCAAUACUAAUACAAAUUCGUUGACAACUGACCCAACGACUGACGGAUCCGAAAGCGAUGAGGGCAAGAAGGAACCAAGAUUACUGUUUCCAAACCGACCAUCCUGGGAUGUUCCUUCGUUGGCACACUUUGGCGACAAGCCCAUGUCGUGGAGAGUUCUGAAGAAAUACAUGUCUGGAACACAUGAGGUCGCUACAAAUCCAUACUGGGUAACUUUCAUGUUAAUUUCAAUGUCACUGGCGACCCCGUUGGUACCACAGAAAGAGCCACCAAUCCUUGAGGAUGGAACAUUUGCGUAUGAGCCAACAAGAGUAUUUGGUAUUCCAUGGUUUGCAUGGAAGUCGAUCUUGUUCUCUGUGAUUCCAUCUUUUUUCUUGUUGAUUGAAAUCGUCCGCAUGCCCACCAAAUUUGGACCCGAGAAGGAAGAUUGGGAGAUUUUUGAUGACGUGCCGCAACCUAGCUUUGCUGAAAAAGAGCGUUUGAUCGGCGGAGACAACAGCAUCAAAUUCAAUGCUCAAUCAACGAAGGAGAUUGACGAUAGCAGCGGUGACUCUCGUAACGGUGCUGAUGGCAAAUCGUUGCCGAUGGAACAGGCAAUCGAAAACAAGGCCGAUUAA